GGUGGUGGGGAUUAUAAAAUAAAAAGAACUUUAAAAACGUUACUCUCAUCAGUUGCUCAUUGUUAGCGGACAACUCUUGAAAAAUACGAGAGAAAUGGCGAACUACUACGUUCCAAUCCAAACCGAAGCUUGCGAGAAAUCAACAUUGCCACACACAUCAAUGAACUACUAUAUUCCGAUCCAGACCGAAGCAUGUGAGAAAUCAACGCCACCACGAUACACAUCACACAUUUUGGGGAGAAGGUUUGCACUAACUCCUACAUCUUAUAAAUGGUUGGAUAUCGGAAUCAACGCAGGAUCUAUAUCCUACGUGGAAUUGGUGCUGGGCGACAAUCGCGGAAAUCAAAUUGCUCUGCCUUAUAAAACGUGGAGAUCGUUGAUUGAGAAACGUAUGGACAUCGAGGGACUUAUGCAGUCAAAAACGACUCCAUUAUUGAUUCACGAACUGAUUGUGCAGCAGAUUAAACUGCGUGAAGAACAUAUUAUAAAAUUAACAUUACACAAUACUUAUAUUUGCAUGAAGCCUGCAACUGUAUCAUUUAUGUUUGAACUUGAGCAUUGUAUUGAACAUGUAUAUUUCGCACUGUGUCAGAAUAUGAAUAAUGUUACUGACAAAUAUAAAUAUUUUGUAACUUACUUGCGUCAGAAUUGCAUCACUAAUAAAAACGAUGCAGUAAAUAUUUUGCGAAAAAUUUAUGAUAAAAGUUCACAUAUUGAAUGUGAAUUAAUAGCUUAUGCUUCAGAUAAUAUUGCAUACGAUUCGCUAAAUGACAAAUAAAAUAUUAUAAUAUGUACA